AUGGACGAGGUUUCCUCUGAUCAAACCAUUUCCAUUAAACUGGAAGUCAUGAUUAACAUGUUCAAGAUCAUCGACAACAGAUUCGUCAACCUCUGGAAUCGAGUGCCUAACACACAUGCAAGCGCUGCAUGGAUUACGCAAGUCCAAGUCCAGCUGCUAGAGGCCGUCCCCGCAUAUUUCGAGUGCACAGAGGCCCAAGAAGUUCAAAUCCGCAUUACACAACAAUGGCUUCGAUCGCAAGCCUGGCAAUUGAGCAACGACCAGAUCCUUGUUAGCAGCGUGUCUGACCACGUUAUCUUCAAAUCCCAACAUCUGAUUGAGACCCCCCUGGACCUUCUCACUAUUGUACCUCAGUAUCUCGAACAAGCCAAGCUGGUCCACGAGGUAGAACUGGUUAGUA